UGCAGUAAACCUCAUGUAAAUUAUAGAAGCCAUGGUCCACCACAAUUAAGUCUUAUUACAUUGUAUACCAAAAGGAGAUAAAUUUGACAAGCAGCUAAGAUUAACUAUCUUUUCCCUUAAAACAAAUUACUAAUUAAUGUUAUUUACAUUCAACGACCAACAACAUACCCCAUUUUCUCCAGUGUCUUUUUUCUCACAAUUUUUCCCUCUAAAAGAUUAACUUUUAAAUUCAACCUUAAAGACAAACAUUCUUCCUAGGCCUAUAAAAACACCUUGAAUAUCAUAGGUUACUUCAUUCUUUCACUCAAAAAUAAAAAUAAAAAAAUAAAAAAUGGAACACUCAUAUUUUGCUUCGUCUUCUAGGUCUAUUGAAAAUCAAAUUGAACCAUUUGAUUUUUUUGCAGAUAAAACCCAAAAUGCAUUUGAAUUUCUUAGUUUGUCUCAACCAUCUAAUCAAAAUAUUGAGAAAAUGUCAAAUUAUGAAGAAAACCCUAAUUGGAACAAUAUUGAAGAUGAUGUGACUGUUGCGUUACACAUUGGUCUUCCAAAUUCUAGCAAUAAUAAUAAUAAUAUUCCAAUUGAUCACAACAAAAGUGAUGGAAAUAUUAUUGGAGCAACCACUCAAUAUUGGAUACCAACUCCUUCACAAAUCCUUGUUGGCUUCACCCAUUUUUCUUGUCACAUUUGUCACAAAACUUUCAAUCGUUACAACAAUCUUCAGAUGCACAUGUGGGGUCAUGGAUCACAAUAUAGAAAAGGACCAGAAUCACUUAAAGGAACACAACCAAGAGCCAUGUUAGGGAUCCCAUGCUAUUGUUGUGAAGAAGGGUGCAAAAACAACAUAAAUCAUUCUAGGGCUAAGCCAUUGAAGGAUUUUAGAACCCUACAAACACAUUACAAGAGGAAGCAUGGAACAAAGCGAUUCGCGUGUAGAAAAUGUGGCAAGUGUUUAGCUGUGAAAGGAGACUGGAGAACACACGAAAAAAAUUGUGGAAAACGUUGGCUAUGUGUUUGUGGUUCCGAUUUUAAACACAAGAGAUCUUUGAAGGAUCAUAUCGCGUCGUUUGGAGAAGGUCACGGGGCUUCUUCUCCUGCUAAUAAUAAUUCAUUUGAUGGAGUUGAAGUUCAGAGAUCAGCAAAUUUUUACGUCUGAUAUGCACAUUGGAAGUUUCUUUAACAAGAAUUAUCAAUAACAAGUUUUCUUUUGGGUAUAUUUGUGUGUUAUGAAUUGAAACUGAUAGACAAAUUAGCAAACGUAUCAAAAUAUAUGCACUUAUUUUUGGUGCAACUUAUAUUCAUGUGCAUGAAAAUCUCCGAAUUUGUAUGAAAAAUUGUAGAGACGUGAUAACAAAAAAGUAGUUUCUAAACUAUGUUUAUUUACUAUAUCGUUGAGAAGUGCUUCUCUAUUUGAAUAUCUUUUGCUAUUUUUUCAAUCAUCAAGUAUCAAAUGAAAUUCAAUCUUGGGAAUUAAAUCAAAUAGAAUAUAUUUAUUUUCAAAUUUCAGUUUAUGAUUUUCUAAAUUUUAAAGUUUUAAAAUUGAAUCAAAGUACCUGUGUUAAUUUCUAAAAGUUGAUUAAAUUUACCCUCGAUGAGCGAAAUUGACAUGCAAAAGAGUAAAGAUUAUUUUCCACUUUUGUUUU